CCCCGCCCGACCGGCGCUGAGGGACGGACCGGGACCCACGGGCAGCGGGAUCGCGGGGCAGGGGCGCUGCCGGCGGCUGGAGCUGCUUUUUUGAAGUGCGAUGUUUCAAAAUGUUACAGAAGCAAAAAAGUUUAUUGGUAAAUCCCUUCAGCCAGCACGACCUGUGCAUCAACUGUCUUCUAAACAAGCAUCACCCAUUUCAUUAAACAUUCGGACUGAAUUACCCAGCAGCACUGAAGUAUGUUUGCAGAGUAAGGUUAACUGGUCAUCUGAAAUGACAGAAGUGAAGAUCUUAACUCAAACUGUGAUGCUCUGUCAACCAAAACAACAUGAAUCAGGAGCAAAAAAAGAAAGAAUCCAAUACAGCAGAGAUUUCCUUCUGAAGCUUUCAAAUGUUUCUCUCUCUCAGAAGAAGCCAGAGUUUCUUCCUGAUCAUCCAAUCGUACUUGAAAAACCAGUGAAGAAUAAACCUUUCAUUGACAUCUGCAAGAAGUGACAUGUUGUUUGGAAGAUCAGAAAUCCAUCAAUGAGAGAGCUACAUUUGAUGUAGGUCUUCAAGAUUUGGGUACUUGGGUGCCUGCAGAUGGAAGGACGACCCUGGGAAACCUAUGAAAAUGCCUGUUUCUUGCUGUAAUUGCCUAAAUGCUUUAAGAGACAAACCUUUCAUUUGUAAAGCCUGAAAUGGUAAUAUGAUUGAAGUGAAAAUAAAUAAAUUUCACAUA